AUGCCGACGCACUACAAGAACACAAGGCUCUUUGGCGGGGCGAUCGUCGCCGAGAUCCCAGCACAGUUUGCCGACGUUAGCAAGAUCCGGCAAGUGCCCGACAACCAAGAAGUCUUUAUCGACAAGGACGGCUUCACGUCCAUCAUCUUCGAGAUCACGGAGCGCGUCGGCGGGCCGGGCAGCUCCGCCGAGAUCGACGGAAAGGCUCUGUCGGUGCAUCUCGAGGAGAUUGUCGGCUCGGAUGUCGAGGGCGUCAAGGUCUGGAACACGACCGACACCGAGUUCACGCUGCUGGGCCCCAAGAUCCCCGCCUACACCCUCAUCGCGACGCAGACGCCCAAGGCGGACUCCAGGCGGGGCGGGUCCUCGUCCUCUCCCGACUUCACUGCUCUAAUCCUGACGCUCCUGAGGCUCGAGCGCGAAAAGACCGACAUAUUGAUCACCGUCAACGUGCCACACAUCAAGGGAUCGUACGACGAGGACGAGAUCGAUCUGGAGAUGGGCAAGCAGGGAAAGCUCAUUGGGGAUGCGGUCGAGCAUGCCGCGAGGAUUUGGUCGUCGUUUGAUAUACUCGACUGGAAGCUGUUCAAUGAGAUCUAG